GUCGUCAUGGUCCUUGGUCAGUUUGUGCGCAAAUAUUUCAAACAAGUGGUGCAAGAUAUCGCUGAACAGUAUGCUUUACCUGUACGGUCGCUCAGUGGCUUUCUUACCUCGUAUAUCGACGAUAUGAAAAUAAAACAUAUCAAAGCAGCUGCGAUUGAAGCGUUGAAUAUACAGCCUGAUAACAACAUUCUUGAAAUAAGUUAUGGCAGAGGCGAUGGUCUUGACAUGGUGUUGAAAUUGUUACGUUCUGGCAAAGGUCACGCAUUUGGGAUCGAACAGUCACUUUAUUUGGAAGAAGUCGUUAGAAAACGGUUUAUUCUCGAAAUAGCGGAUGACAAGAUCUUGCAUUUGGAACGGGCCCUUGACUUGAGCACAUUACCGUAUCCAAAUGAUACCCUAAAUGGUAUAUUCCAUGUCGACUCUUAUUAUUUUUGGGGCCAAAAUUUGGAUUAUAUUUGUAGAGACCUCUUGAGGGUCUUGGUUCCUGGUGGCACAAUUAUUUGUGGGAUGGAGUUAAGAAGGCUUAAGAAGCUGGAACGGUGGGGGAUCUUGCAGGAAUGUCAAUAUAAUCCGGUUCGAUACUUAUCUGCGCUGGAACCUGCGGGGUUCGUGAAUGUAGAGAUGAAGUAUGUAAAGCAAGGUGAAGGAAACGAAAUUCAGCUAAUAAAAGCUCAAAAACCAUUGGCUGGUUCUGAAUAUUAUGAUCCAGAAUCACGGAUGAAAAAGCUGGAACGUGAUAUAAAGAGGGACAUGCUGAUUGAGCGUUUAGUGAAGGAGGGUAAACCAAUUUACGGCGCAGACAAAGUUAUAAAAAGAAACUUAAUGCGGAACAUUUUAGUCUGUUAUCAUACAAUAAAUCAUUUUCUUAUGUCGGGUUGUCUGCUAAGACUAAUAAAUAUACAACUGGUGCCGAAAAAAGCCUUGGCGGUUCGUGAAUUAGUGAGGCAGAGGCAUUUCUACGUUACUAUUCCGAUUUUUUAUGCCAAUGCUGGUGAGAAUUUGCAGCCAAAGUCUUCCGAGUUUGUUCGUCCACAUAUUGGUCACCUAUACUCAGCGCUCAUCGGUGACUGUGCAUUCCGUUGGAAUGCUUUGAAAAGUUGUGGCACUUCUGGUGGAGGGCGAGCAAUAUUUGCUGUCGGGACUGAUGAACACGGGUCUAAAAUUCAGCAAGCAGCAGAAAAUGCAAAAUGCGAACCACUCGUUUUUUGUGACAGGAUUAGUAACGAUUUCAAAAGAUUAUUUAAAUUUUUUAAUGUUUGUCCUACCACAUUUCUGCGGACGACAGAUGAAGGCCAUAAAAAGACGGUUGCUAAAGUCUGGGUAAGUUCUACAUCAAUGCUUAAAAUUAUUGGAACCUCCUUCCGAAGGAUUGCAUUCUUUCAAAAAAGUAGUAAGCUGGGAAGUAAAAGUGAAACAACUUUGUUUGAAAAGGGUUUCAUUUUCAAAAGCAAGUAUCGCGGGUGGUACUCCACAACUGAUGAAUGUUUUUACUCGGAGCACGAGACAACAACCGACAAUCGUGAUUUCAAAGUUAGCAAAUCAACUGGUUCAUUAGUUGAAUGGGUAGAAGAAGAAAAUUAUUUAUUUGAUCUGCCAAAGUUUCUGCCUUCCAUACGCAAGUGGUUGAUUGAAAAUGAUGUUAUUCAGCCUUCAAAAUACGCUGAGGUGGUUCUGCACACUUUAGAUAAUACUAAAGUGUUGUCUGUGUCCCGUGACAGGAGGCGUUUAAAGUGGGGAAUACCGGUACCAGGCGACCCCACUCAAACGGUCUAUGUUUGGUUAGAUGCUUUAAUGAGUUACUUAACUGCAAGUGGUUUCCCCGCAGAAAGUCAGGUAUGUUGGCCUCCGACGUAUCAAAUUUUGGGGAAAGAUAUAUUGAAAUUUCACGCGGUAUACUGGCCAGCAUUUUUAUUAGCGCUUGAUAUCCCGCUCCCGAAAACCCUAUAUGUUCAUGGUCAUUGGCUUUGUGAAGGGGUUAAGAUGUCUAAAAGUACAGGUAAUGUGGUUGAUCCAUUUGAAGCAGCUGAGAAACUGACCACUGAUGGCAUGAGAUAUUUUCUUUUAAAGCAGGGUGUUCCGCAGAGUGAUGGAAAUUUUACGCUUUCAAGUGCAAUAGAUCUAAUCAAUACCGAUCUGGUAAACACUAUGGGGAACUUGCUACAGCGUUCAACUAUCAAGAAAAUGAAUGAAAAGCAACUUUAUCCUUUCUUUGACUUUUCGUCGUUAAAUGAUGAGAUCAAAAGGGCAAGUAGCGAUCUUAUUGAAAACUUGAAUACUUUGAAAGAAAGAUGUAGCGUUGAUUACGACAAUCUCAUGGUGUACAAAGCGUUAACCAAAAUAAUGCAAACCGCUCAUCAAGCGAAUGCAUUCUUUACAGUUUGUGAGCCGUGGAAAAUGAAUUCUGAAAAAGAAUUGUCAUCGGUGCUCUAUCUGACAUACGAAACUGUUCGGAUAUGCAACGUUCUCCUACAGCCGGUAAUUCCGGACUAUUCGUCGCGAGUCCUUUCACGGUUGGGUAUCAAGGCAAGUGAAAGGACUUUGAAUGAAGCUGUUUUUUUUGAUGGGACGCACAAAUCUUAUUCAGGAAGAGAAUUCAAUAAAGAAUUGUCAGGUCGUCUUCCUCUAAGAAGAAUUGAGGUUAAAGGAUAA